AUGGGUCACUCCAAUCAAGAGCCUUCACACUAUCCAUGGCGGUCUUCGAAGUGGCUGAUAGUAUCUACUAUCUCCAUUGCUGUUUUUGCCGACACAUUUCUUUACGCAUUCCUCGUCCCUAUUCUAGGAUACAUUUUCGAAAAUCGCCUGCAGGUAAACCCCUCUCAAACGCAGACCUUCACUUCUGGCAUUCUGGCAAUACAUGGUCUCUGUUCCGCUAUCUCGGGCCCUGUCAUCGGACAUUUCGCCGAUAAAUCGGUUAGCCGCAAAUCACUGUUACUCUUGGCACUUGUUGGAUGUAUUUUGGGGACUGCACUAAUUGCUUGUGCCCAUUCGCUGUAUCUGUUAUUUCUGGGGCGUGUGGUUCAGGGCAUCGCUGGGUCACUUGUGUGGAUUGUUGGCUUUGCAACUGUCGCAGAAACGGUCGGCGACGAUAGCAUAGGCGCUGUCAUGGGUGUCGUCACGUCUUUUGCACAUGCGGGUAUUAUCAGCGGGCCCAUGAUAUCCGGAUUUUUAUUUGGUCUAGCAGGGUAUUGGGCAGCAUGGUCUGUUCCAUUGGCGGUCCUGAUUGUGGAUGUUAUUGCUCGUUUGAUUAUGGUUGAGCGGCCUCAUGAACCUCAACCAGAACCUUCGAGCGAGACUUCCGAAACGGAGAGCACGAGUCUUCUUGAAUCGUCCAGGAGAUCUCAUGACGCGACCACGACUCUUGGUUUCUACGGCAUACUGUUGAGCAGUGGCCGCGUCGUGACGGCCUUGUUAGUAUCCGUGUCAAUCGUAUCUCUCAAUACAGGUUUCGAUGCGACGCUGCCAUUGCACAUUAGACAUGCAUUUGGGUGGGGGACCAGCGCUACUGGGCUUUUAUUUUUCUGUCUUUCUAUUCCUGCCGUUGUCCUCACUCCUAUCGCUGGUUGGCUACGUGACCGCAUUGGCACGCGAAUUCCAGCUACAAUUGCAUUUCUCGUGCAGGCUGUGGUAAUGGCUUUGCACGGUAUUGCCGGGACUGAUUACUUUGCAUGGUCAAGCGCUGAGACUGGAGGGCGAGUGUUUUUCAGGGCUAGCAUUCUUGCCAUAGGCAUGCUCCAGCCAUUUAUUCUCGGUGUGGCACCGAUUGAACUAACAGCUUUUGUGAAAGAGAAGCAAGAGCUGACUCCCGGAAUAUUCGGUCCCAGAGGAGGCCUCUCACGCACUUUCUCUAUGACUGAAGUCGCUGCUACCCUUGGGAUGAUCAUAGGCCCGGUUCUCUCGGGAUCACUUACUGAGCUGGUUGGAUAUUCUUAUAUGAGCUGGACGUGGAGUGUCUUGAGUAUCAUCCUCGCCUGUCUUGUAUUUCGCUUUUUGAAAUCCAAUCAAAGACAAGAAAGCUAA